CUGCUGCCUUUAAGAACGAAGGUAGAUCUACAGCAUGACUAAUCACUUCAGAAGUUCACGUACCUCCAGAGCCCACGUGGAGUUCUCAACGCAUUGUUGCUAGGUUAGCUAGAACAGUUGGUGCAGAAGAAUGAACUUCCUUAGACAAAUCAGACUUCUACUCUGGAAGAACUGGAUUCUUCGGAAAAGACAGAAGCUUCGUCUUCUGGUGGAGCUUGUGUGGCCUCUGUCAUUAUUUCUUGCCCUUGUGUGGCUGAGGAAGGCUAAUCCACUAUAUCGCCAACAUGAAUGUCACUUCCCAAACAAGGCAAUGCCAUCUGCAGGAACACUGCCAUGGUUACAUGGCAUCUUCUGUAACAUGCACAACCCUUGUUUCCACAGCACAACCCGUGGAGAGAGUCCAGGUGUUGUGUCCAACUACAACAACUCCAUCCUUGCAAGAGUAUAUAAAGAUGCUCAGGAGCUCUUACUGGAAGCCCCUGAAAUCCGUGACCUUGGCAGAGUCUGGGAAGAACUGAUCAUUAUGACUCAGUUUAUGGAAACAAUGAGAACUAAUCCUGAAAGAAUUGCAGGAAGAGGAAUACGAAUUCUAGACAUUUUGAAAGAUGGGGAGACUCUCACUUCCUUCUUGCUGGAAGAUGCUGGUCUUCCAGAUGUUGUUGUUUUCCAGCUUAUUAAUGCUCAAGUGCGCCCUGAACAGUUUGCCUAUGGUGUACCCAACUUGACUCUGAAGGACAUUGCUUGCAGUCAGAUGCUCCUGGACCGCUUUAUUAUCUUCAGCAGCAGAAGAGGUCUCCCUUCUGUCCACAAGGCCAUGUGUGCCCUCUCCCAGGAAAGCCUACAGAGAGUGGAAGAUGCCUUGUAUGCAAAUGUUGAUUUCUUUAAGCUAUUUCAGCUGCUUCCCAGUGUGUUGGACAGAAACUCACCAGGUAUUGAUCUGAGGUCUUGGGGGAGGGUGCUGUCUAAUAUCUCCCAAGCAGCACAAAAGCUAGCCAGGAAGCCAAGCGUUCAGGACCUUUUCAAGGUUUUAAAACCAUUUGUACAAGAUGGAAGAACUGAAUCCUUAGGCCACUUGGUGAACUCCAUGUCUGAUCUUUUCUGUGGCUACCCAGAAGGAGGUGGAUCCAGAGUGCUUUCCUUCAACUGGUAUGAAGAUAACAACUACAAAGCUUUCCUGGGGAUUGACUCUACAAAGAAAUCCAGUUAUCUUUAUGAUAAUACAACCACACCCUUCUGUAAUGCAUUGAUCCAGAACUUCGAAUCAAACCCUUUAACCAAAAUAGCCUGGAGUUCUGUGAAGCCCCUGCUGAUGGGAAAAAUUCUCGUUGCUCCUGAUUCACCGUCUGUACGGCAAAUCCUAAAAAACGCAAACUCCACUUUUGAGGAACUUGAACGCCUCAGACUGUUGACCAAAGCUUGGGAAGAAGUAGGACCUCAGUUGUGGUACUUCUUUCAAAACAGCCUGCAAAUGAAUAUGAUCCGUGACUCUCUGAAGCACCCUACAGUGAGGGACUUCUUGAACAGACAGAUGGGUGCUGAAGGCUUAACUGCUGAACACAUUAUCAACUUUCUCCACAAUGGGUCUUCGGGGACCAGGGAGAAGGGAAUGGUGGACUUUGACUGGCGGAACAUCUUCAGUGUUGUAGACCAAGCUCUGCGUUUGCUCAGUCAGUAUCUGGAGUGCUUGAUCUUGGAUAAAUUUGAAGGUUAUCAUGAUGAAACCCAGCUGAUUCACCAAGCCCUUCACCUGCUAGAGGAAAACAAAUUCUGGGCUGGUGUGGUUUUUCCAGAUAUAGAGCCUAUAGCAAGCAGUCUUCCACCACAUGUGACAUACAAGAUCCGGAUGGACAUAGAUGCAGUGGAGAAAACAAACAAAAUCAAAGACAGGUACUGGGAUCCUGGUCCAAGAGCUGAUCCUGUGGACGAUUUACGUUAUAUAUGGGGAGGCUUUGCGUAUCUCCAAGACAUGAUUGAGCAUGGGAUUAUAAAGACCCAGACCAACACUGAAGUGCCAAUAGGAAUUUAUCUGCAGCAAAUGCCAUAUCCAUGUUUUGUGGAUGAUGUCUUUAUGAUCACCUUAAACCGCUCCUUUCCCAUCUUCAUGGUGCUAGCUUGGAUAUAUUCUGUUUCCAUGACUGUGAAAAGUAUAGUGCUGGAGAAGGAAAUGCGUCUGAAGGAGGCAAUGAAGAACAGGGGCAUCACCAAUGGGGUGAUUUGGUGCACUUGGUUCCUAGACAGCUUCAUCAUGAUGGCUGUGAGCACAUUCCUUCUCACAGCACUGAUUAUGUGCGGCCAAGUGCUACAUUAUAGCAGUCCACUUCUCUUCUUCCUAUUCCUACUGACCUUCACUACAGCCACUAUAAUGCAGUGUUUCUUGUUCAGCACCUUCUUCUCCAAAGCAAAUCUGGCAGCUGCCUGCAGUGGAGUCCUGUACUUCACCUUGUACCUGCCUCACAUUGUCUGCUUUGUCUGGCAAGACCGCAUGACUGUUAAUCUGAAGAUCUUAGCAAGUUUGCUUUCUCAAGUAGCUUUUGGUUUUGGUACAGAAUACUUGUCGCGCUAUGAAGAGCAAGGUCUUGGCCUACAGUGGGGUAACAUCAGAACCAGUCCCUUGGAAGGAGAUGAAUACAGUUUUCUGUUUUCCAUUAAAAUGAUGCUUUUUGAUGCUUUUCUGUAUGGAAUACUUUCUUGGUACCUUGAUAAUGUUUUUCCAGGGGACUAUGGGCUACCACAGCCUUGGUAUUUCCCUUUGCAGGAAUCUUACUGGUUUGGCUCUAGAAACCCAAAAGCUGAAAAAACAAAGGCCAUGGAAGGGGAAAAAAAUGAAAGCAGAACAAAGAAAUCUGAAGAACCUGAAAAGCCAGAAGAAAAGAUAAAUACCCUCUGUGAACCUGAGCCAACAGGAUUGAUUCCAGGAGUAUGUGUUCAGAACCUGGUGAAGAUUUUUGCGAACAGGCCCAAGCCAGCAGUAGAUGGGAUGAAUAUUACUUUUUAUGAGGGCCAGAUCACAGCGUUUCUUGGUCACAAUGGAGCAGGAAAGACAACCACCAUGUCAAUACUGACAGGCCUCUUCCCACCCACCUCUGGAACUGUGCUGAUUGGUGGCCUGGAUAUUCAAACCCACAUGGACUCCAUUCGGCAACAAUUAGGCAUGUGCCCUCAGUACAACAUCCUAUUCAAUCACCUUACUGUAGCAGAACACAUAUUGUUUUAUUCCCAACUGAAAGGGAGAUCCAGGGAUGAAGCUGAACAAGAGCUGGAAACGAUGCUAGAAGACAUGGGCCUCACCCAUAAAAGGAAUGAAGAGGCUCAGAAUUUGUCAGGUGGAAUGCAAAGAAAACUCUCUGUUGCCAUUGCUUUUGUUGGUGAAGCGAAAGUGGUAGUUUUGGAUGAGCCCACUUCUGGAGUUGAUCCAUAUUCCAGGCGAUCUAUCUGGGAUCUUCUGCUGAAGUAUCGCUCAGGCAGAACCAUCAUCCUCUCAACCCAUCACAUGGAUGAGGCAGACAUUCUUGGAGAUAGGAUAGCUAUCAUAUCCCAUGGAAAACUCUUCUGCUCAGGCUCCCCUGUAUUCCUUAAGAACUGCUUUGGAUCUGGCUUCUAUCUCACUCUUGUUCGCAAGAUGAAAAACACCAGAAUUGUAAGGAAUGCAUCAUUUUGUAGCUGUGGAUCUCAGUGCUCCUGCUCCUGCUCCAGCUGUGCACGCAGGGACAAAGAAGGAACUCAAGUGCAGGAACUGGAUGGAGAUCUGAAUGAGCUAGCAGAAGUAAUUCAUCAUCAUGUCCCAGAAGCAAAAUUAAUUGAAAGCAUUGGUCAAGAACUUAUUUACCUGUUGCCCAGUAAGCACUUUAAACAGCGAUCUUAUGCCAGUCUCUUCAGAGAACUGGAGGAAACAUUGGAUGACCUGGGACUUAGCAGUUUUGGAGUUUCAGACACUCCACUUGAAGAGGUUUUCCUAAGGGUCACAGCAGAAGCUAGCCCUGAAAUGCAAAAAGCAGACAAUCAAGAAAAUGGUUCUACUUGUGGCAAAAUUUCUACUGAGAACAAAACAGCUGAACAAACCCCACUGGAAACCACUGACACUUCUCAAAUGCCAGUAGGCAUAGCAGGAGAUCAAAAUGAAGGCAAAGGGUCCCAGCGGUAUAAAGGUUUUCAGCUUGUACGUCAGCAGAUCAAAGCACUGUUCAUCAAACGGUUCCACCAUGCCUCCCGCAGCCAUAAGGACUUCCUAGCCCAGAUUGCUCUCCCUGCUAGUUUUGUGUUGCUGUCUUUAAUGCUUACAGUCAUUAUUCCUCCAUUUGGAGAAUAUCCUGCCUUAACCUUACACCCUUGGAUCUAUGGACAACAGUUUACUUUCUUCAGCAAUGAGCGUCCUGGCAGCGAGCAGAUGGUCUCCCUUACUGAUGCUUUCUUGAAUAAACCCGGAUUUGGAAAUCGCUGUUUGAAGAAUCAGCCCCUUCCGAACUACCCAUGCAAUAAUACGCCAACUGCCUGGAAUACCCCUGCUGUUCAUCCUAAUGUAAGUAGCCUCUUGCUGAGCCAAAAGUGGAGCUUCGAGAAUCCUUCACCUUCCUGCAAGUGCAGCACUCGCAAGAAACUCACCAUGCUGCCAGAAUGCCCCCCAGGAGCAGGAGGCCUCCCACCACCACAGAGAGUGCAGCACAGCACAGAAAUUCUUCAAGAUCUGACCCACAGAAAUAUCUCAGAUUUUCUGGUGAAAACAUAUCCCGUUUUGAUAAAAGGAAGCUUGAAGAGCAAAUACUGGGUCAAUGAGCAAAGAUAUGGAGGAAUUUCUAUAGGAGGAAAGCUCCCUGUCCUUCAUGUUUCUGGAGAUGAAGUUGUCAGUUUUUUCAGUGAUUUGUGCCGAAUGAUGAACGUGACAGGAGGACAAACUUCACUGGCUGCUGCUAAAGAAUUUUCUAAUUUCCUUAAAUACAUGGAAACUGAAGAUAAUAUUAAGGUAUGGUUUAACAAUAAAGGCUGGCAUGCUAUGGUUAGUUUCCUAAAUGUAGCCAAUAAUGCAAUCCUUAGAGCUAACCUGCGGACUGGCCAAGCUCCUGAGGAGUAUGGGAUCACUGUUGUAAACCAUCCUCUGAACCUCACUAAGGAGCAACUCUCUGAAGUCACUGUGCUGACCACUUCAGUGGAUGCUCUUGUUGCCAUCUGUGUGAUUUUUGCCAUGUCCUUUAUCCCAGCCAGUUUUGUUUUAUACCUGAUUCAAGAACGUGUGACGAAAGCCAAACACCUCCAGUUUGUCAGUGGUGUGAGCCCUGCUAUCUACUGGCUAACUAACUUCAUGUGGGACAUAGUGAAUUAUGCAGUGAGUGCUGGACUGGUUGUGGUUAUAUUUGCUGGAUUCAAGAAGAAAGCAUACACUUCUCCAACUAACCUCCCUGUGCUUAUUGCUCUGCUGCUUCUGUAUGGAUGGGCAGUAAUUCCCAUGAUGUACCCUGCUUCUUCUUUCUUCAGUGUCCCCAGCACUGCUUAUGUUGCAUUGUCUUGUAUUAAUCUCUUUGUGGGGAUCAACAGCAGUGCCAUUACAUUCAUCCUGGAGCUAUUUGAAAAUAACCCAACUUUGCUAAAAUUUAAUAAAACAUUGAAAAAUGUGCUGAUUGUCUUCCCACACUUUUGCCUGGGCCGUGGACUCAUUGACUUGGCCAUAAACCAAGCUGUGAGUGAAGUUUAUGCCAGGUUUGGUGAGGAGCAUGUUUCCAAUCCUUUUCAGUGGGACUUUGUUGGAAAGAACCUGGUUGCCAUGGCUGUUCAAGGAGUUGCAUUCUUCAUUCUGAAUCUCCUUAUGCAGCACCGUUUAUUCUCCUCAAGAUGGUUUGCUGAGACUACCAAAUCACCUGUUAUUGAUGAAGAUGAGGAUGUUGCAGAAGAAAGAAAAAGAAUUAUGAAUGGAGGGAAAAAAACAGAUAUCUUAGAAUUACAAGAACUGACCAAGAUUUAUGCAGGUAGGCACAAGCCAGCAGUGGACAGGCUCUGUGUUGGCAUCCGUCCUGGAGAGUGCUUUGGUCUUUUGGGAGUCAAUGGUGCUGGCAAAACAACAACAUUCAGAAUGCUGACUGGAGAUACUGAUGUGACAUCUGGAGAUGCUGUAGUGGCUGGCAAUAGUAUAUUGACUGACAUUUCUAGUGUUCAUCAAAACAUGGGAUACUGUCCUCAGUUUGAUGCCCUUGAUGACCUGCUCACAGGACAAGAACAUCUGUAUUUAUAUGCACGCCUGCGAGGGGUUCCAGCAGAGGAAAUCAAGAGGGUUGCUGAAUGGGGCAUCCAGAAGCUGGGACUUCCCAUGUAUGCAGACCAGCUGGCUGGUACCUACAGUGGUGGCAACAAGCGCAAGCUCUCCACUGCCAUUGCACUCAUAGGAUGCCCACCACUCGUCUUGCUAGAUGAACCAACUACUGGAAUGGACCCUCAGUCCCGGCGCCUCCUGUGGGACUCUAUUGUCAGCGUGCUCAGAGAUGGACGAGCUGUGGUUCUAACUUCACACAGUAUGGAAGAAUGUGAAGCUCUCUGUACUCGUCUAGCCAUCAUGGUAAAAGGUACCUUCAAGUGCCUGGGAACAAUUCAGCAGCUAAAAUACAAGUUUGGAGAUGGCUACAUUGUCACUCUGAAAAUCAAAGCUCCGAAGGCAGGGCUGCCUCCAGAUCCUAGUCGUGCUGAGCAAUUCAUACGCAUAAACUUCCCAGGGAGUUUACAGAGAGAGAAACACUACAACAUGCUGCAGUAUCAGAUUUGCUCGUCCUCUCUGGCUAAGAUUUUUCGAUUAAUAAUCUCCAAUAAGGAAAACUUGCAUAUUGAAGAAUAUUCUGUCUCUCAAACAACUUUAGAUCAGGUCUUUGUGAACUUUGCUAAGCAGAUGGAGGAUGAGGAAAUUCCUUUGCAUCCCCGUGCAGCUGGAGCCAGUCGAGAAGCAAAGGUGUCCCCUGCUUUGCAUCAGCAAGCAGUUGCAUAGACUAUUCCUACUGUCACUAGCACUUAAUGUGCCAUACCAGAGCAGUAAAAAGUAAAACAAGACUCCUAGGCUCAGUACUAUACUAAUUUUUUGUACCUUUCUGAGAACUGUGCUCAUAACUCCCUAGCAACAGCAAACUUCUGCUGCUCUACCAGGAACACUGCAUACAGCAUGUGCUGAAAGUGUUGAAGUAAAGGCUGGUUCUUGGUUCUACAAUGAAAUCUUCUUCUAAUGUAAAGUUCAUUUAAGAUACAAGAAGAGAAGUCACACUCCUCCUUGUUGACGUGUAAAGAGCAUUAAAAACAGUUUCUCUGUCUGGCCCUUUCAGGCUGGUAGGUUUUUCUCAUUUAA